AUGGCUGCACCACACCCGCAUCUCCCACUACCUGACUACUUCUCCAAAUUCGCCAGCAUUUAUGUUCGCCAGACGGGUCACUCGACGCUCAACAUUCUUGCCGACGCCAUUGCUGCACAUGUCCAGACGUCCGCUCACCCCGUUGGGCCGGACUCAGUCGUGCACGACACCGCCGCGGGGCCAGGCAUAGGCGCCGCGGCGAUCGUUGCCAGCCUGCCCAAGGACCAGCUGCCAAAGGAGAUUCUGGUCUCAGACAAUGUCGCGAUGAUGGUGUCAGCCGCGCGCGAGUCCCUCGUCGCCUCUCCGCUGCCCCACGUCGAUUGCAAGGAGCUCGACUCGCAGGACCUGGCGUCAGUGCCUGACAACUACUUCACCCACUCAAUCAACAACUUCAGCAUCUUUACCUUUGUCCGCCCCGCGGACGCCGUCCGCGAGACAUACCGCACCCUUCGCCCGGGCGGUCUCGCCGUCGUCACUUGCUGGCGCCGCUUCGCGCCCGUAUUCAUCGUCCAUGCCGCGCAGAAGAAGAUCCGCCCGGACUUGCCACUCAUGCCUACACCAAACCCCCAGUUCUUCCAAGAGGGUGUGCUGCAGAAAGUGGUCGAGGAGAGCGGUUUCGCCAAGGACAACAUAACGGUGGCCGAUAAGGUCCUGGUCAUCGAGGACGACGAGAAUAUUGCUGGGCUUACUGCGCUCAUGUCGGGUCCCAUGAUGGCCAAGGCGCGCGAGGGGUACACGGAGGAAGAGGAGGCCAGGUGGGUUGAGGCUGUUCGUCAGUCCGUGAAGGAAGAGGUAGAGCAAUUUGGGGGAAUCAGAUUCGAGGCUUAUAUCCUUUUGGCUUCCAAGUAG